GGCCAACCUGCUGUUUCAUGGCAUUUAUUCCUCUCUCUCUCUCUCUCUCUCUCUCUCAAACACCCGCACAGAGUGCAAGCAACCACCGUCCAGAAGCUCAAAACUCCCAUCUCUAACCAGAUGUGAUGUUCCUCCCUCUCUCUCUCUCUAUCUGUCUCUCAAGCAUUUUCCCGUUUCAUCUACUUCACCAGCACACGCUGUCUGAAGCAGAACAGGAAUUGGAGGUAAGACUGUUCUCCCCCACCUAUGAGAAGUUGUAUGAAGAGCAAGCUCAAAGGUAUGCCUCCACAUCCGAUGUGAUCAGUGGCCAUCAUGAGCUUCUAAGAACUCUCAUGCAGGUUGGUUUGUGGUAAAAAUGUCUCUCUUUUAAAUGAAGUUGGAGAAAAUGGGUGGAAAAAGGAACUAGAUUUGCACUACUUUGGGUCGUGGAAGGAGCACAGGAAGAAUGGACAAGUCAAUGAUUCUGAUGGGGGGGAAAAACCCUGUUGUUUUUAGGUGGAAUGUGAGAUUGCUUAGUUUUGUUUCAGCUUUUCUUGGUCAAAUGAAGAAGACAUUUCCCAGUUGUGGAGUGAAAAUUGUGUUUUCUCCCAUUUGAGGUUAGAGAUGUUGAUGUCUGACUCAACCUGGGCGAUCCACUGCGGAAAGUCAUUCAAGAAAAUGUAGCGAGGGGCAGACGUUCUGGGAGUCUUCCACUUGUCGAGCUGGGUUUUAUGAUGUGAUGGCAUCCCUGAGCAGUUUGGUGAGAGAUCUGCUCGUCUCCAUUUUUAGCAUUAACAGAGUGUUUCUGGGAUUCUUGUGGAAUCUGGUGCUCUCGCCGAAUUUCUUGCGACUAGUUUCGGGUCUCGGUUCCAUGUCCUCCAUUGCCAUUUCUUAUGGCGAGAACGGCCCUGUUUUCUGCGGGUUAAAUUCAGACGGUUCCCAUCUUGCGACCUGUUACGGCUCGAAUACUGCGAUAAUAUAUGGGAUUCCAGGUCAUUUCCCCUUAGCCGGCUUGACGGCGGGCGACGGAUUUGUGUGCGGUCUCCUUUUGGAUUCUAGCCAACCGUAUUGCUGGGGAAGUAGUGCCUACAUAGAGAUGGGUGUGCCUCAGCCCAUUACGAAAGGAGCUCAGUACCAAGAAAUCAGCGCUGGCGAUUACCAUUUGUGUGGCUUGAGGAAGCCCUUAACAGGGAGGCGCCGAAACGUUUCGCUGGUGGACUGUUGGGGCUAUAAUAUGACUGCUAGCUAUGCAAUUGAUGGGCAGAUCCAUUCUAUCUCCGCUGGGUCCGGCUUUAACUGCGGGCUGUUUGCUCAAAAUGGAUCGGUCUAUUGUUGGGGCGAUGAGACAAGUAGCCGUGUGAUCAGUCUAGUUCCAAAAGACAUCAGAUUUAAGAAAAUUGCAGCCGGUGGAUACCAUGUUUGUGGGAUAGAGGAUGGAGUUAGUUCUAGGGUCUAUUGUUGGGGAAGAAGCUUGGUGCUUGAAGAGGAAAUCUCGGUGGCACAUUCAUCGGAUUCCAACCAAGGACAUGUCGACUUGCCACCUCGUGAUCCAAUGACUUCAAUUGUGGGAGGAAAGUUUCAUGCUUGCGGGAUCAAGAGCGCUGACCAGGAGGCAAUCUGUUGGGGUUUCAUGGUGAAACCUAGCACCCCAGCUCCCGGCAACACCAAGAUUCUCGAAAUAGCGGCUGGAAAUUAUUUCACAUGUGGCAUCCUCGCCGAGAAAUCCCUUCUGCCCGUGUGUUGGGGUCAGGGGUUUCCUACAUCUCUUCCGGUUGCUGUCUCACCGGGCCUCUGCAAAUCGGUUCCUUGUGCUCCCGGCACUUAUGAAUUUAGUCAAGAUAAUGCUCCGUGCAGCUCGCCAGGUUCCAGAGUUUGCUUGCAGUGCAGCGACGGCUGUCCUACCGGGAUGUACCAAACUGCUGAAUGUACAUUGAAAUCUGAUAGGAAAUGUGAGUACAAUUGCUCUAGCUGCUUCUCCGCCGAUUGCUUCUCGAAUUGCUCUGCUAAUUCAAAUGCCAAUCUUAAUAGAAGAAGGAACCAGAGAUUCUGGUCUCUGCAAUUGCCGGUCAUUGUUGCAGAAAUCGUGUUUGCUGUCUUCUUAGUCAUUGUUGUAUCUACAACUGCACUUUUAUACGUCCGUUAUCGAAUAAGGAACUGUCAGUGCUCGGCAAUGGAUUCGAAAGCCAAGAAAUCGAUGGCAAGCGGUUCUCCUUUCCAGAAACAGAACACUAGUAUGAGCCGUCCCGAGCUAGAUGAGCUCAAGAUCAAAAGGGCUCGGACGUUCUCUUACGAGGAACUCGAAAGGGCCACUGGCGGGUUCAAAGAGGAGUCACAAGUGGGAAAGGGGAGUUUCUCGUGCGUAUUCAAGGGGAUCCUGAAAAAUGGCACCGUGGUCGCGGUGAAAAGAGCCAUAAUGUCUUCGGAUAAGCAAAAGAACUCGAAAGAGUUCCGUACGGAGCUGGAUCUGCUCUCUAGGCUCAACCACGCCCAUUUGCUGAAUUUGCUCGGGUACUGCGAAGAAGGCGGAGAGAGACUUCUGGUUUAUGAAUUCAUGGCUCAUGGAUCAUUGCACCAACACCUUCAUGGGAAGAACAAAGCCCUGAAAGAGAGGUUGGACUGGGUGAGAAGGGUCACCAUAGCGGUCCAAGCCGCUCGGGGAAUUGAGUAUUUGCACGGCUAUGCUUGCCCGCCAGUGAUCCACCGGGACAUCAAAUCCUCGAACAUACUCAUCGACGAAGAGCACAAUGCGCGAGUGGCGGAUUUUGGCCUGUCCUUAUUGGGCCCUGUCGACUCCAGCUCUCCGCUGGCCGAGCUUCCGGCAGGCACUCUCGGAUACCUCGACCCCGAGUACUAUCGGCUUCACUACCUCACCACUAAGUCUGAUGUCUACAGCUUUGGCGUUCUGCUGCUGGAAAUCCUUAGUGGCAGGAAAGCAAUAGACAUGCAAUAUGAGGAAGGUAAUAUAGUGGAAUGGGCUGUUCCUCUUAUCAAGACCGGGGACAUUUCGAAUAUCUUAGACCCGGACCUAAAGCCUCCAUCCGAUCUUGAAGCUCUAAAAAGAAUCGCGAAUGUCGCUUGCAAAUGCGUGAGGAUGCGCGGGAAGGACCGGCCCUCGAUGGACAGAGUAACCACUGCGCUGGAGCGAGCGCUCGCGCAGCUAAUGGGCAGCCCGUGCAUCGAGCAGCCGAUAUUGCCCACCGAGGUGGUCUUGGGAAGCAGCAGGAUGCACAAGAAGUCAUCCCAAAGGUCAUCGAACCGGUCGGUGUCGGAGGCCGACGCAGGGGAGGGCGAGGACCAGAGGUUUGAGUUCCGCGCGCCGUCGUGGAUAACAUUCCCGAGCGUGACGUCAUCGCAGAGGAGGAAGUCCUCGGUCUCGGACGCCGACAUCGAGGGGAAGAACUUCGAUGUGAGGAACGCGGCGGGGGGCGGGGUCGGGGACGGGUUGAGGAGCUUGGAGGAAGAGAUAGGGCCCGCCUCUCCUCAGGAGAACUUGUUCUUGCAACACAAUUUCUAAGGAUGGCUUUAGGAAUGUAAAGGGCACGAGAAGGAGAGAACUAUGGAGGAGGGUUGUCAAUUCUUUUUUGCAUUGGUUUCUGACUCGCGUUCUAGGAAUUGCAAUGUAUCUUUUUUCUCUUUUCCCCCUUUAAUAUUUUUUUUCUUUUCUUCUCUUACAUUUUUCCCUUUUCUAGGGGGGGCCCUCUAAGAUGGUAGUCACUGUGAUGAUAAAUUUGGAGAUGAUGUUUGGGGUAAGCCAAGAAAUUGGAUAAACUCAAUCUUCCUGGUAAA